GACACACAACCUGAACAUGUGCAGAAGUGAUUCUCAAACGCCAUCCAUCCAUCCAUCUUUCCCAAAGCCAAACAAGGUGUGGUCCACCCAAAGCCUCUUCUUUUAUUAUCAUUCUUAUUUGUCCAUCCAACGGCCCCAAAUCCCCCCACCCCUAGCAAAUCUGAUCAGCCACCGUACGAUCUAUAAUUAUUCCCCCCAUUUCUUCCUUCCCAGCAGCUCUUAUCACUCUCCCUAACACCACCAUCCCCAACUCCACUUCAGAUCUGGCACCAUCACCCCAAACCUAAAAAACAAAACAUCAUCGUACUAUUUCCCAUUUGGCGGCGCGGCGAUGGUGGAGGCGCAGACAUGGACGACGCGGCGAAUGAGCAACCCUCGGCUGGACACCAGCACGACGGACCAAGUACUGGACAUUCCCCCCACACCCCCGGGGGAGCUCCGCAACAGCUUCGGAUCGAACCCUAACAACCUCUCCCCGACCCUGUUAACUGCUCUCAUCAUUUCAUCUUGGUACCUCUCGAACAUCGGAGUUCUUCUCUUAAACAAGUACCUCCUCAGCUUCUACGGCUACCGCUUCCCUAUCUUCCUCACAAUGCUCCACAUGCUAUCAUGCGCCGCUUAUUCCUACGCCUCCAUCAACUUCCUUGAACUCGUUCCUCUCCAGCACAUCCACUCCAAGAAGCAGUUCCUCAAGAUCUUCGCUCUCAGCGCCAUCUUCUGCUUCUCCGUCGUCUGCGGCAACACCUCCCUCCGCUACCUCCCCGUCUCCUUCAACCAGGCCAUCGGCGCAACGACCCCGUUCUUCACCGCGAUUUUUGCGUUUUUGAUCACAUGCAAGAAGGAGACUGGGGAGGUUUACCUCGCCCUGUUGCCGGUGGUGUUCGGUAUCGUCGUGGCGAGCAACAGUGAACCCCUUUUUCAUUUGUUUGGGUUUCUGGUCUGUGUCGGUUCCACCGCUGGUCGCGCUUUGAAGUCUGUGGUUCAGGGGAUUUUGUUGACUUCUGAAGCGGAGAAGCUUCACUCCAUGAACUUGCUUCUCUACAUGGCACCCUUGGCGGCGAUGAUUUUGUUGCCGUUCACGCUCUACAUUGAAGGAAAUGUGCUGGCUUUGACUAUUGAGAAGGCGAAAGGUGACCCCUUUAUUGUGUUCUUGCUGCUUGGGAAUGCCACCGUGGCUUAUUUGGUGAACUUGACGAAUUUCUUGGUGACGAAGCACACGAGUGCUUUGACGCUGCAGGUGUUGGGGAAUGCCAAGGCGGCGGUGGCGGCGGUGGUUUCGGUUUUGAUCUUCAGGAAUCCGGUGACGGUUAUGGGAAUGGCCGGGUUCGGAAUCACCAUAAUGGGGGUGGUGCUUUACAGUGAGGCCAAGAAGAGGUCCAAAGUUACGACUCAUUGAUUCAUUCGCACGCACGCCGUUUUGGUUUCUUUUUUGGCUUUUAUCAUAACACCUUAUUCUUCGGGAAGGAAGGAAGGAGAAGCAGAAAAUGGGGUGGGAGUGGGAGGGAUUAUUAUUACUUGGUGUUGUUGUUGGGUUUCUGUUGGCCGUUGUGUAAGCUUAUAUAUGAAACGCUCUAUGCCCUUUGGCAACAUACAUAAAAACGUUCAAAGAACGAAAAACCUUAUGUGUAUUUGGCUAGGGAGGAAAAUUCUCCCUCCCUGCAUUUUGUUGAUCACAUCAUCAUCCAUUUUUUUUUGGCUUUUUUGUCA